GUGAGGAGUUGUAGCGUCGCUGUGACUUCUGGCACAGCUCAGGACUCAAUGAUGGACGGCAUGGAGAGUUUGAUUCUGAAGCUGCAUGACGUGAACGCAGUGAAAUUCGGAGAAUACAAGCUGAAAAGUGGCAUAUUAACACCGAUAUACAUCGACCUGCGGGUUUUGGUCUCUUACCCGGCGCUCAUGAACCAGGUGGCAGGUCUCAUCUACCAGAAGGUCCAGGAUGAGGGUCUGCAGUUUGACUCGGUCUGUGGUGUUCCAUACACAGCCCUGCCUCUGGCCACCAUCAUCUGCUCGCAGAAUGAGCUGCCCAUGCUCAUCAGGAGGAAGGAAGCCAAGGAUUACGGAACCAAGCGUCUGGUGGAGGGCUCAUUUCACGAGGGCGACAUAUGUCUGAUCAUUGAAGACACGGUCACCAGCGGCAGUAGCAUCCUGGAGACGGCAGAAGUCCUCUACAAAGAAGGGCUGAAGGUGACUGAUGCGAUUGUGCUGAUGGACCGAGAGCAAGGUGGAGUGCCGAUGUUGGCGUCCCAAGGAAUCCGUCUCCAUCCCAUCAUUUCCAUGUUCAAGCUUAUCGACGUGCUGCAGGCAACAAAACGCAUCAGCGACGAAAUGGCCGAGAAAGUUCGGAAGUUCAUCCGAGAGAAUAACACUUUCAGCCCGAAAGAAGGCAACGGCAGUGCAGCACCUGUGGUCAAGAAGGCCCGUGUGGACCAGGACCUGCAGCUGAGCUAUGAAGCCAGAGCUAGAUUACCAGGUGUUCACCCUCUGGCGUCACAGAUCUUCAGCAUCAUGACAGAGAAACAGUCAAAUCUCUGCUUGUCUGCGGACGUGACCAGCUGUGAGGAGCUCCUCCGUCUGGCCGAUUCUGUGGGCCCCAAGAUUUGUAUGCUGAAGACCCAUGUCGACAUACUGAAGGACUUCACUGUGGACUUCACCAGGAAACUGCAGGCUUUGGCUGAGAAGCACCGCUUCAUCAUCUUUGAGGAUCGCAAGUUUGCGGACAUUGGAAACACAGUGAAGCAUCAGUAUGAAGGUGGUCUGUACCAAAUCUCAGCCUGGUCCCAUCUUGUUAAUGCUCAUGUGGUUCCGGGCCCCGGGGUGGUGAACGGUCUGGCUGCUGUGGGUCAAAGUCAUGGCAGAGGAUGUCUGCUCAUCGCUCAGAUGAGCUCUGAAGGAUCGCUGGCUACAGGAGACUACACGAAAGCUGCUGUGAAAAUGGCUGAGGAGCGUUCAGACUUUGUGCUCGGCUUCAUUUGCGGCUCCAAACUCACAAACCAGCCACAGUUCAUCCACAUGACCCCUGGAGUGCAGCUGCAGGCAGGAGGAGACUGCCUGGGCCAGCAGUACACCACUCCAGAGGAAGUUCUCUUGAACAGAGGCUCCGACGUCAUCAUCGUGGGACGAGGCAUCCUGCAGGCUCCUGAUAGGUCGGAAGCUGCUGAGACGUACAGGCAGGCAGGGUGGUCGGCGUACACAAAGAGACUGGCUCAACAGGCAGUGUGAGGCUGUGUCCGUUCCUGAUGACAACCUGGGUGUCUAAUGUGCACUUUCUCCCGGGGGAAAAAGGGCAACAAUCUUAUUUUUAAAAGCCAUAGGUGGUUGGUCAGUAUUUUUUAGUGUCUAGAGUAUAUCUUCUUUAUUAAGCUUCAACUCCGAAGAAUUUGGUUACUGCUGGAGAAUGGUGCGGACACAACCAUUGUGUUGGAACUCAGUUGAAUUAAACCUGUGAUCAGGGAUGAAAACACUUCAUUAAAAAUAUGUGAAACAUGUUAUAGAUGGUCCUGGCUGCUGCUGUCUUUGUAAAAGCCCAUUUCAAAGACCAAAGGCUUCUUGUCACUGACAGAGAGCCACUUCUGUGUGUUUAGUUCAGGGUCUCUUGCGUUUGUGAAGGCAGUUUUUCACUGCAUCAUAUGGAGGAUUUUUUUAAACUGGGAAAGACUGAUUUUUCAUGUAGCUUGU